CUUUAGGAAGAAUGUAUUUUCAGUAAAAGGUGUAACCGAGGUAUAUAAAGAAACGCGUUCCUCCGCAUGACCAGACCAGCCUCCAUCAUGAAGACGCUAGUGUGUGCCCUUAUUGUGGUGCUUCUCUGCAGUGCCUCAGUGCACUCGCUGACAUGCUACACUUGUGUGGAUGGGAACUGCAAGACCCCAACCGAAUGCCCAGCCUCAAGCAAUUUCUGCAAAACAGUUUCAACAGCCACUGUGUUCAGCCGGACAUGUGAGGAGUUCUGUGUUCCUGGAGUGAACGUCUACUGCUGUACUUCUGAUCUGUGUGACUGAUCUCUCAACGUCACCAGUCCUGCUGAUCAACUGGCUGUCCUUAAGUCAGGCAUCAUCAAAAACUGGGUUACUUUACCUGUAUAAUUUUUCUAAUUACCUUUUCCAUCUGACUCAACAUGAUUUGCUUUACAUAGCACUGCUUAAAAGAAUGUCUAAUAAGCGUGGUUUCUCUCCAAGCUCUGUAUGAUUUGAUUUAUGAAUUAAAUAAAGUAUACUCA